GCUCAGAAUCUAUUACCAGCUCUCUCUCUACUUACACUUCCCCCUUCACAGAAAUAUCGAGAGAGAGAAAGAUACUUUUGUUUAUGGUCUACUUCACUUGCUUUGGCAAUUUUAACUUAAUUUUAAAAUAAAGCCCUUGAAUUGAACUGAGCGAGAGAGAGAGAGAGAGAGAGAGAGAGAGAGAGAGCCAGCAGCUCCCCUCUGUGCACUCAGUCGGAGACAGUUACCGCAGAUUGUGAAGACAGAGCAAUCAGUCCAGUACUGAGAGCUCGUUUUAUUUACGGUAAAAAUGUCGGCCAGACCAGGCUACUAUCGGCAGGAGCUGAACAAGACUGUAUGGGAGGUUCCCGAGCGGUACCAGAACCUGACUCCCGUAGGCUCGGGGGCCUACGGUUCGGUAUGCUCAGCAUAUGACGUGCGGCUACGACAGAAGGUGGCGGUGAAAAAGCUGUCUCGGCCUUUCCAGUCCCUUAUCCACAGUAGGCGCUCGUACCGUGAGCUCCGGCUACUCAAGCACAUGAAACAUGAGAACGUAAUAGGACUACUGGAUGUAUUCUCCCCUGCUGCAUCGCUAGAGGACUUCCAUGAAGUCUACCUGGUAACCAACUUGAUGGGGGCAGACCUGAACAACAUAGUCAAAUUCCAGCGUCUCUCUGAUGAGCAUGUGCAGUUUCUUAUUUACCAGCUGCUCAGAGGCCUCAAGUACAUCCAUUCAGCAGGACUGAUCCACAGAGACCUAAAACCAAGUAACGUGGCAGUGAACGAGGACUGCGAGCUGAGGAUCCUUGACUUUGGAUUGGCCAGACAGACGGAUGAUGAGAUGACGGGGUACGUGGCGACUCGCUGGUAUCGAGCGCCAGAAAUCAUGCUUAAUUGGAUGCACUACAAUCAGACAGUGGAUAUCUGGUCAGUGGGAUGCAUCAUGGGAGAGCUGCUGAAGGGGAAGGUCCUGUUUCCAGGCAACGACUAUAUCGACCAGCUGAAGAGGAUUAUGGAGGUGGUGGGCACCCCGACCCCUGACCUUCUACAGAAGAUCUCUUCUGAACAUGCUCAGAAAUAUAUCCAGUCUCUACCCUUCAUGCCCCAGCAGGACUUAGAGAAGAUAUUCAGAGGAGCCAACCCAAUGGCUGUGAAUCUACUGAAGCGCAUGCUGGUUCUGGACUGUGAUGGGCGUAUCUCUGCCAGUGAGGCUCUCUCCCACCCUUAUUUUUCCCAGUACCACGACCCGGACGACGAACCAGAGGCCCUGCCCUACGACCAGACGCUGGAGAGCAAGGACCGCACACUAGAGGAGUGGAAAGAGCUGGUGUUCGGGGAGAUGAAAGGAAUCAAAGCGCCUGUCAGCGAGACGAGUAGUCUACAGGUGGAACAGUGAAAGACAAACCCCGCCUCCUUCUGCUCGGUCUGUCCCGUCAGCUGAGGAAGGACCGCCGUCUUGUCUCCGUCUGUCUGUUGGCCGGCGUUGGGGCGACGGGAGGAUCGGAGAGAAAGAGAGAAACAACGCUGUGUCCCCUAGAGGCAUGACACCCCUCCCCUUGCUCACUGUGACUGGCUAUUUGACUGCCUGUCUUGAGUUUUGUAAAAGGGGAGCAGGGAGAGGGGAGGUCUGGUUGAACUGAAAGUGAUGAGAAUACGCACAUUACGAUGAUUACAGGGAGCAUGCUUUGAUAGGUAUAUGUUUAGUCUGUUGAAGAGAGGUAGGAGAGAGAGACAGACAGAGAAAGUAGCACUAGGGUUUUCAAAUCUACCUAAGGGUCCAACUGGUAAAUGGUCAUUGGCUAUAGGUUACUGGAAAUCUUUCGUCAUGAAGACAUUUUAUAAGCAGUCAUAACGGAUGUCACUUUAAGUCUGCUUAUAACACCUGUUAUGUCAUGGUAAUGACAGUUUUAUGACAUAGGGUUCUAGUGAAUUUUUGUCAAGAAUUUUCCACACAUUUGAUCAUAUUUCUAUUUUAGUUGUAGCAAAUAUCUGUUAUUUCACAGAAACUUACAUAAGAUGGUUCCUCCCUCGAUAUAGACCAAUGAAUGCCCUUUGUGCUGUUACUGCAUAACAUCCCCCAACACUCACCAAUAUGCCACUGAAUGACCAAUGACAGAGAUAUACUGUACAUGGACAGGAUUAGUGUCUGUAGGGUUUAAGACUUUGCAUCAUGUACAACUAUUGGCCAGAUUCCCUAAGCAUUUACAACUGUUUUUACAGAACAACACCGGUGGUAGUGUUUUGUUUACGGAGACAUAACUGCAUUGCUGCAAAUGCUAUGUAGAUAUGUCCCAAUGUACAGGUAACUGCCAACAUAAAGAAUACAUCAACAUAAAGGCUUUUAAUAGGGCCUUGGGCCAACACAAGCCAGGGCAGAUUCAGUGCACCUUGGCAUAGUUUCUGGAACUCUAUUGGUGGGAUGCGACACCGUUCUUCCAUGGGAAAUUCCAUCGUUUGGUGUUUUGUUGAUGGUGGUGGAAAACGCUGUCUCAGGCGCUGCUCCAGAAUCUCCCAUAAGUGUUCAAUUGGGUUGAGAUCUGGUGACUGAGACGGCCAUGGCAUAUGGUUUACAUCGUUUUCAUGCACAUCAAACCAUUCAGUGACCAUUCGUGCCCUGUCGAUGGGGGCAUUGUCAUCCUGUGGGGGCAUAGCCAUGGUGGCCAAAAUAAUGGCCUGCCCAUAAUUUUUAAACAUGACCCUAAACUUGAUGGGAUGUUAAUUGAUUAAUUAACUCAGAAACCAUACCUAUGUGGAAGCACCUGUUUUCAAUAUGCUUUGUAUCUCUUAUUAACUCAAGUGUUUCCAUUAUUUUUGCAGUGACCUGUAUGUAAGCAUGUAUGCAUUUGUUGCUGGUAUCAACCAUUUCAAAUUCCACUUGGCUCCAGUCCAACAGGUUUUACUAGUCCCUGGCUCUGUUGAGAAACCCAAACCUAUAGCUGAAGUUUACAUCUGAACAUUCAACAGAUACUAUUACCCACAGUGACUCCCACAGAUAAGAUUACCCACAGUGACUCCCAUAGAUACCAUUACCCACAGUGACUCCCACAGAUACCAUUACCCACGGUGACUCCCACAGAUACCAUUACCCACAGUGACUCCCACAGAUACCAUUACCCACAGUGACUCCCACAGAUACCAUUACCCACAGUGACUCCCACAGAUACCAUUACCCACAGUGACUCUCAGAUGCAUUAUGCAGAUUAAAUUGGAUUUACAAUAGGUCUGAAUGUUGUCGUUUCAGAGGUCUAAUAUUCAGCAUGUUAUAAAGGGGCGUACUGAGGUGAACGAAUUACAGGGGAGUAAAAUAAUUCAAUUUUCAGUAAAAAACAUGUUCUGGAACUGCAACAUAUACUACCCCAAGAACUUCAACAUCAAUCAUAUACACAAUGCCUCAAUUACAGUAGAGAUCAUCCAAAAUACUCUUUCUCGAUUGAUGUUUGACUAUUUACAGUCUUGUAUGUGUCAUGUACAAAUGUUGAUUUUGGAAACUUGGUGGAUUUAAAUAGAACUGCAAAAAAGAUGAAUGUAUACAAAACUGUAUGUUUAAAAAACAAGUGUCUUUUCAUUCUAUGGUGGCAUGAAUUUUAACUGUACAAUUUCUGCCGUAUGCAUUUCCAAUCAAUAACCGAAUGUCAACUCUGUGUCAUAAUGCCAUGACAACUCAUGACAGUUGAUGUCAACCAACUCAACUCUAUUACAACAGUUAUAACACCAUUAUGCAGCAUGAACAAGUAAACAUUUGGUUACACAUAUUCAGAAUAAAUCAAAUCAAUCUAUUUCCUGUUUUGGUAACGUCAUGAAUGCGUGCAUCAAUCCAGUCUUGUUUUCUCCCAAAAAUGAUUAAGUCUGUUGUUGUAUGGAUACAUUCCUUUAUGUUUCCAAGUAUCACGCAGCAGACUAUCAGCCGGUAUGCAGCACUAUGUCAGUGGUGAGAAUCUGUCAUGGGCAUAGCAUGUUGUGGCAUUAUGAAAGACCACUUUACUCCAGAGUUACGGCCUACUCAUUCCUCCUCCACAUGGCCAAAGUUCCAUCAAUACUCCCAGCCCACACACACAGUAGCUUUCCAGUGCUUUAUGGGUUCCAAGUCUGAGUAUACAUGGCCUUUUCUGUGUGUGUGUGUGUGUGUGUGUGUGUGUGUGUGUGUGUGUGUGUGUGUGUGUGUGUGUGUGUGUGUGUGUGUGUGUGUGUGUCAAUUUGCCUUCAAGGUCCAUUCCUGCAUGUUUCCAACAAACAUGCCUGCAGGCAUCAAACUAUGUCAUAAUCUCUCAACCACAGAACAGAGACAGUAUUAUGAGAGACCAUCAUGACGACGCAUGUAACCUCUUCUUCCUCGUCAUCAAUAAAAGCUAAAUUCAUCACCA